GGCGCAGUGCGCGGGUCAGCGGGCGCUGCCCGUGGGGCCGUGGAGCGGCGGGCGGCGGGCAUGGAGGCGGCGGGCGGCGGGCGGCGGGCGGCAGGUGUGGUGCGGCAGGGAUGAGGAGCCGGCAGCGCGUGUUUGCAGCGGCAAUGCGCCUCCUGCUCCGGUGCCUGCGGCUGGGCCGGCGGCGGCGGUGCACGCUGGUGCGGCAGGCGGAGCAGCUCUGGCGCUACGGGCACCUCUGCCUCCGCUCCCUGCUCUACAACUCCUUCACCAAUGGCGAUGUGGUGCUUGACUCCCUCUUUGAGCCCAUCUACUGGCUGGUGGACCAUGUCACCCGGUGGUUCGGCGUGGUGUUUGUGGCACUGGUGAUCGGGCUGACGAGCUCCGUCGUGGCCAUCGUGUACAUCUGCCUCCUGCCCCUCAUCCUGCAGACCUACACCCCUGCCUGGAUCUGCUGGCACCUCGCCUAUGGACACUGGAACCUCAUCAUGAUCAUCUUCCACUACUACAUGGCCAUCACCACCUCACCUGGGCAUCCACCGCAGGCCAAGGAUGAUCUCACCGGCGUCUCCAUCUGCAGGAAAUGCAUUGCUCCCAAGCCUGCUCGCACCCACCACUGCAGCAUCUGCAACAGGUGUGUGCUGAAGAUGGACCACCACUGCCCCUGGCUGAACAACUGUGUGGGACACUACAACCACCGCUACUUCUUCUCCUUUUGCCUGUUCAUGACCAUGGGCUGCAUCUACUGCAGCAUCAGUGGCUGGGGGAUGUUCCGGGAUGCCUAUGCAGCCAUUGAGAGAAUGAAACUGCUUGAGAAGGAGAGACUGCAGGUGGCUGUCAACCAGACAUACUACCAGACCCCACCACCCACCUUCUCCUUCCGCCAGCGAGCUUUCCACAAGAGCGUGGUCUAUGUCUGGGUCCUAUGCAGCUCAGUGGCGUUGGCCUUGGGUGCCCUGACGCUGUGGCACGCUGCUCUCAUCACCCGUGGGGAAACCAGCAUCGAGCGGCACAUCAACAAGAAGGAGAGGCAGAGGCUGCAGAAAAAGGGCAAGCUCUUCAGGAACCCCUACAGUUAUGGCAGCUGGGAUAACUGGAAGGUGUUUCUGGGUGUGGACGUGCCAAGGCACUGGCUCACCCGUGUCCUGCUGCCCUCUCCUCACCUGCCCCACGGGACAGGCCUGAGCUGGGACCUGCCUCCCUGUGUGGCCAAGCAGCGUGCUCCGCUCCUGUCCAUCUGAGGCCUGGGUGCUGUGGAUGUCCCUCCCCGCAGGCAGGGGAGCAUACAGGGGACCCGCUCAGCCACUGCAGCUCCCUUGGAUCCGAGCACCAGGUGGAAGGUGGGUGCUAGCACACAUUGCUCAAAGGAGCCACAGCAAACACUGGACAAUGCUGGUGCAAAGACGCUGCUCUCGGGCCUCCCUGGAGGCUGCAGGCAGCCCGGGAAAGGCGGCAGGGCUGCUGCUGCCUGCUCCAGCUGAGGGAGCUGCCCUCAGAGCACAGGUACAGGCCAGCACACGACAGAGCUCAGCUCUCUGGCAGGGCUGGGCAUGGAGGAUGCACCCCUGGUCCUGAGCACUCCCCAGGAGUCUUUUUAAGACCAUUCAAUAAAUACUGGAUUUUUAAAGGAA